AUGGGACGCCUGUGUUCGCUCCUGGUUGUCAGCAUCUCCCUGUUCACCUGCCAGGUAGGUCCAAUCACAUGGGCGUAAUAUUGUAAACUAGAACGGAACGCAGAGUAUGCGCGUAAUGGUAUUUUUGUGUUUUUGAGAGCGUCAUGGGGUAUUUUCUCAUAUUUCCAAAGACAUACUGAAGUCACUUGUCUUAAACACACUUGACUUAUCAUGCGUGUGUGUAUGUGUUACAGGUUUUGUGCUCUGGAGUGUUUGAGUUAAAGCUGCAGGAGUUUCUCAACAAGAAAGGUGUACCUGGGAACGCAAACUGCUGUCCUGGAGGCUCCGCUCACCCGCAGGGCCAACACCAGCAGUGUGAGUGUAAGACUUUCUUUAGGGUGUGUUUGAAGCACUACCAGGCCAACGUCUCCCCCGAGCCUCCCUGCACCUACGGCGGGGCCGUGACGCCCGUCCUCGGCUCCAACUCCUUCCAGGUGCCGGAGACAAACGCGGACAGCUUCACCAACCCGAUCCGUUUCACCUUUGGCUUCACAUGGCCGGUACGUGAAGAUAUCCUGCAUCGGUUUUGUGUCACAUACGCCAACAAAGACUUAUGAACAAAUUCUUUUUUAAACAAGAUUAAAGUAUAGUAUGUCUUUUUUAGUACUAUGUAGAAUUUGUAAUAGUUGGUCUAUAUUUCGAUCAGUGGGCUAUCACAUUUUCAAGGACUACUGAAAACCACGGACAGACUGUGAAGUUAUUAUAGUCUUACUCCAGUGGGACACAUUAGCUUUGAAGAGUGCAAAACGCAACAGAUGCUCCCAAACUCCACACUUGUGGGGGUCUUUGUCAGCAGUGUGUGAGAGGGGCUAUUGUAGUAUUUCACUGCUCUUUGGUGGGAUAGAACGGGGAGGGGAGGAGGGCGUGUGUGGAGAGAGAGGGGGGAGGCAGUGUUUUCACCAAACGCUCCUCUCCUCUGACCGUCCGUGGUGGGAAAUUUAACAUCCUCUGAGUUGGCACAUCAUUGGCAGCGCAGCGUGAAAUUCCGCCUCGUUUGGUUUUACGGCGGUGUUAGAGUGUGAUAGUAGCAGGGGUGUGAAAAGGGAGCAGGUAGUAACCCUUAUUAGGCCCCUAAUCAACACGGGAAUUAGGCUGUGAAGUUUAUUGGAAGGCCUCCUAAUGGCCCUCUGCUGCUGUGCAGAGGGAGGGAGGCUGCAGGCCGAGCAGCUGUUGACUCUCUGUUUCUCUCCUCAGGGGACGUUUUCACUGAUCAUUGAAGCCCUGCACACUGACUCUCUGGACGACCUGACAACAGGUGGGUGACAGCCAGAGAAGGCAGCAGUGUAACUCAAAGACAGGCCAGAAGGCUGAUAGUGGCCUCUCUGUAGUAUGUUCACACUGAGUGUGCCAAACACAACAACACAAAGAUUGAUGUACAGUGUGUUUUAGAUUCGUUUUCAAAGGCUGUAAAGCUCACCCACAGAAAGAGCUUCCCUACAAAAGAAGACAAUUUCCCAAGUGUUUUCUUCCAUAUGUGGCAUAAAAACAAACUGAGAUGUCACAUUUUAAUAUUGAAUAAAGUGAGUUUUCAAGGGUAAUCUAACAUCAAAUAGAGGAAAAGGCCACCCACAGUUUGUUGGGAUACUAGCUGUUAUCUUUACGUCCUUCUCUUAUCACUAACUGAACUAAUGAUGACUAACUCAUCACAGCACUGAGGUGUGGGUGUCUGACCUUAAGACAAUGAAGCACACCUGGCAGUCACCAGGUGCAACCUGUGCAUGCUUUCUUUAAGGACAGUGCACUUUUAACCUCUUGAAGGGAGAUUUUACUCACAUUGGCGACAUGACACUCUCGGCCCUUUCUAAGAGCAACCCACCUUCACUGAGCAUAGAAUCAUACAAAAUGACUCCUCCAGACUAGAAAGCAAAUAUCUAAUGUCUCCAAAGCAAAAGUGAUGAAAUUCAUUUAAACCAUGAAAUACCGUUUGCAUCCAAUCAUACCUCUGACUAUAACAGCAGUCUCUGACUUUUGCAGACAACCCUGAUCGCCUGAUCAGCAGGAUCACCACUCAGCGCCACCUCACUGUGGGAGAAGAGUGGUCCAAGGACAUGCAGACAGGCGGCGGGACUGAGCUGCGUUAUUCCUAUCGUUUCCUGUGUGAUGAGCAUUACUAUGGGGACGGCUGCUCUGUCUUCUGUCGGCCCAGAGAUGAUGCAUUUGGGCACUUCACCUGCGGAGAGCGUGGGGAGAUCAUAUGCAACUCUGGCUGGAAAGGACAGUACUGCACUGAACGUAAGUGUGUUUACAACAAAAUUUAAAAGGCCGUGUUUUGUAACAUGAGUAACGGUAAUGAAGGUCAUACCAAGCAGUUUAUCUUCGUGUUGUACAAGUUAAUAUUUUAAUUACGCUACAGCUGCCUGUGGGGUAGAUAAGAUAAAGAAAAGAAACAGCGGUCAUUAGUAGCAGGCGCUGAUGUUUACCUAGAAUCUGAUCCUAAAGUACCACCUCAGUACCAAACAAUAAUAAUUAUGAGUUCUUUCAUUGGAUUACACUUGGAUAAUGUUCACUUUGACUUUGCCUCAUGGUCAAAAAAUGUCUGACUUACAUGGAAAUGGAAGAAACUUUCUUGAAAGUGUUAGAUCACAUCUUAGGUGUAAUCAUUUGCCUGUUUUUACUUUUCGGGGAUUGUUUUCUGCCUCCUAAUGCGAGGCCCGUGUGCAACAGGCGUCAGUUAGUUAUCCCAUAGCACCAGAGGCCUCCAUUCUAAUGAGCCACAUUGGCUCCUCGGUAAUUCACACGCCGCGUGCCUUCCAUUAGACCACUGGGGCCUCCUCGCCCCUAAACCUCCUCCCCGAUUGGCCAAGUGGGGGUCCUGUAUUGUUACGGUCCAGGUUGGUGAUUGGCCGAGCAGGGUUGUGUAUUGUUGUGGAGGGGGCAGCUGCUCGGUGAGAGGAGACAAUGGAGCAGCUGUCUGGUGGUUAGCUCCACACAGACCAGCUGGCCCUGGGGGGGGAGCAGGAGGAGGAGGAGGAGGGGAGAGAGGAGAGAGACAGACAGGAGGAGGGAGAAUACAGAGGAGAGGAGAGGAAGAAGAGACGACAGAGAUAGAGUGAUGGAAGAGUAGAGUAGGAUCAGAAGUAGGAGGGGAAAGGGGGGAGGAAGAGAGGGGCCAAGGGUGAGAAAAGAGACUUUUGACCCACAGUCAAGGGGAGAAAGAAGGCUUUGUGAGGGAUGCUUUUGUAUCAGAGAGCAACCACGUUAAAAGAAAGAGUUUGUUGGCUGGUUCCUCUGUUUGGUGACUUUCUUUGGGCCGUGAAGCUGAAAGGUGACAUUUUCUGUAAGUUUUGCAGCGAUAAAGAACCAGGGGCAUCACAAUCAGUGACCCUCAUAUCACUCAAAACUGGGUUUGUUUGUUUGUUUGGUAGUACUUGCACUUGUACUUGCUGAGUCUGGUCCAGAAUGUAUUUUACCAACAGACAGGAGCCACAGGUUGGAUUAACAGCCUCCAUGACACAACUAGAAAGGGAAAAUAAAAGAGACUGUGGACAGACAGGUAGACAAGAGGGCAGGUAAACUAAUAAGAAAGACAGGCAGAGCAGCAAACAUGCUAAAAGGCAGGCAAACAGAUAAGAAGGCUGGGGCGCCAACCAGACAGGCAGGCAGCAGUUUGUAAAGGUCCUCUGUGAAUGGGAGACUGAUGGAGGGCAAACAUAUGUUUCCAACCCUGGAUUUCCCAUGAUUCACCUGUCAUUAUUUGUUUCCUCUCUGCAGCAAUCUGUCUUCCUGGCUGUGAUGAAGAACAUGGAUUUUGUGAUAAACCAGGAGAGUGCAAGUAAGUCAUGAAAACAAUGAGCAGUCAUGUUCAGGUCACUGUUUUUGCUGUUUUUGUUAUGAACAGUGUUUAAUAACUGUUGUGUUCACAGGUGUCGUGUGGGCUUCAGUGGACGUUACUGUGAUGACUGUAUCCGUUACCCAGGCUGCCUCCAUGGUACCUGCCAGCAGCCCUGGCAGUGUAACUGCCAGGAGGGAUGGGGUGGGCUCUUCUGCAACCAGGGUGAGUUUACAGAGAGAUUAACUACCUCCUGUGGACUUAAUCAACCUCCAUUGUUUCAUAAUUUAACUGUGCUGUUUCUAAAUGUUGUUCCUUGUUGAUGUUUCCAGAUUUGAACUACUGUACACACCAUAAGCCCUGUCUCAAUGGAGCCACCUGCACCAACACUGGCCAGGGCAGCUACACGUGCUCUUGUCUGCCUGGGUACGCAGGAGCCAGCUGUGAGAUUCAGGUCAACGAGUGCUCUGGAAACCCCUGUCGCAACGGAGGCAGCUGCACUGUGAGUGUCAUUCAACACAAGUCAUGUAUCAAUGAAAACAAGUAAAGUCAUGGAAAACGAGCCUGUGUGUAAUCACUGUUUCCUUUUUUCAAAUACAGGACAAUGAUAACGGCUAUAAGUGCACUUGCCCACCUGGUUUCUAUGGCAACAACUGCGAGUUGAGUGCCAAUACCUGUGCAGAUGGGCCUUGCUUCAAUGGGGGGCGUUGUGCUGACAACCCAGAAGGCGGCUACUUCUGUCAGUGCCCAAUGGGAUAUGCUGGUUUCAACUGUGAGAAGAAAAUUGACCACUGCUCCUCUGACCCUUGUUUAAAUGGUAUGCCAUCCUCUGCGUUUGUAAUUUGAACCCUACCUUUGAUUUAACAGACCUGCAUAUAAUAUCUGGAGACUAAUCCACCAUCUUUGUUCUGAUUCUGUCCUGCAGGAGCAGAAUGUGUGGAUCUGGUGAACUCCUACCUCUGUCAGUGUCUUGAGGGGUUUUCGGGUCCCAACUGCGAGGACAGCAUCAGCAUCUCUGGACACUGUCUGUCCUUUCCUUGUCAGAAUGGUGGGACAUGCCAGGAAGGAGUGAACGGCUACACCUGUACCUGUCCUCCAGGUAUAGCACUGUUGAUUUGAUUUGUCGUGGUUUGAUGCAGGGCUCGUUGUUUGUGUUCUAGAUUCUUAAUUCAUGCUUAUCUUGCAGGGUAUACUGGUGAAAACUGCAGUACUCCUGUGUCCCGCUGCCAUCACAACCCCUGUCACAACGGAGCCACCUGCCAUGAGCGUGGAGGUCGCUACGUGUGUGCCUGUGUGCCUGGUUAUGGUGGUCACAACUGUCAGUUCCUUUUACCUGAGGUUCCCAGAGGUCAGCCGGUGGUGGAUGGACCAGAUCGGAGGUAUUCCCCUGAUGGUGAGGAGGAGGAGGAUGACAGCACCGGAUUCCCCUGGACAGCUGUGUGCGCUGGGGUGUUCCUCGUUCUUGUGAUCCUGAUUGGCUGCUCUGUGCUGGUGGUCUACAUCAGGGUCAAACUGCAGGAGCGGCACAGUCACCAUGGUGACAGUGUUCAUAGUGAUAGUCACGAGACCAUGAACAACCUGACAACCACCAACAACUGUCUCCGUAGUGACAAGACACUGGGCUCUCUGAUGACGACAUCGGUUAAAAACACCAACAAGAAGGCAGACUACCAUUCAGACCUCACUGGGUCACUGGGUGGUCUGAGUGGAAUCAGUGGACUCAAUGGACCAGAGAAGAACGGUUUUAAGACUCGCUACCCCAGUGUGGAGUACAACCUGGUUCAUGAGCUGCGACCUGAGGAGCUGUCACUUUGUAAAGAAGAGGGCCAUGAAGAACCUGAGGUUAGAUGUGACAUGCUGGAUGACUCUGACUCAGAGGGAGGAUACAGGAAGAGACAUGACAGGUAUGCAGCUGUCAAAAACAACCUCUAUUUCAUAUUGUGCAUGCAGCAAACUCUGCAACCUGAAAAUGUUGCGAAUGAUUUACAGCAGUUCUCAUUCUGUUUUUUCUUCUUUGGCCCACAGUGACGCAUCAGAAAAGAAACAAGUAGAAGAGUCACCGAGCUGCAGUGAGGCGAAAUAUCAGUCAUCCUGCGAUUUGAACUAUCAAGCAGCAAGUGAUCCUAAAUAUCAGUCAACCAGUGACGUCAAAUACCAGUCAACCAUUGACAUUAAUUACCAAUCAACCAGUGAUGUUGACUUCCACAACCCCAAUGACAACAGGUACCAUUGUACCACAGACACCAAAUACCAGUCCAUCUACGUCAUGUCAGACCAAAAAGAUGAAUGUAUCAUUGCUACAGAGGUGAGUACAGAAAGAUAGAGCUGUCUGCAUGACAAAUACACAACAGAACUACAAAUCUUCAGAGUGCUCACUUAAAAACAAACUGACCUUGUUUUUAUGUUUUUCCAGGUAUAAUACAAGUGCAGACCAGUUCAGACCAGAUUCCUCUGGUUGAUGGCGGUCCACUCAAACCAGCCCUGAGCAGUAGAGCUCAGCUUGUCUCCAGGAGGUUUUACUCCUGCUGUUUGCUGCUGUUCCCUGGGAUUUACCGGAGGACUUGAGCCAAGAUGCUACUGAGCCAGUGCAGAGUCAGUGCCCACCUGGCAGGACUUGGUACUCCAGUAGUAUUAGAGGU